AUGGUCUUUUUGUUGUCGGCAGGAUGUAUGGCCGUGAAAGGCGGUAUCGCUGCCAAGAAGAAGAUCGAAACCCGAAAGAACCCAACACUAGAUGGUGACUUUAUCGUCGCUCCUCUUUCUACCAAUGGUGAUUCGAAACGACCACUCAUCCCAGCGGUCAUGCGACGGUCGUUGUCGAAACUCACGCAGUCGAUGACGUCUCGCUCUUCUUCGUACUCGGACGAUGCCGACGGCGAAGAAGAGAAUUCGGGCAUUUUUACAAUGGGCCAGGAAGUGUUGCUGAAAAACAUGAAAGACUCCAAUCUCAAUGGAACAAGAGCCCUUGUCCUGCAAGACUGUGGCAGAAAGCGUGGAGUUCUAGUUCAGUUUCUGGAACAAAAGGAUGGAUACGACAAUUAUCACGAAACGGGUAGCAUGUUGUCACAUGAAAACAUGGAGGCGAUCGUGGCACACAACAACACAAAUGAUCGCACUUCUAGUAGUGCUAUUCCCGUUGGCACGUUGGUCGAAUUGCAGAAUCUGUCGGCAAGCAGCGAAAAGAAUGGGUUUCGAGGAAUGGUAGUGGAGCCAUCGAAUGGCAUGGCGGAAGGUCGUGUUGCUGUGCUGUUGGAAGGAGCUGGUGAGGGAACAUUAAUAGUCAGUGUCAAACCCGAAAACUGCAAGACAAUAGGAUGA